UGAGAGAUAGAGAAGAUAGCAAAACAAAAAUCCUUCAACAUUCGUGCACCAUCAUCACUACUACAUACCUAUGGAUAGGUAGCGCGGUGCCCAGACGUAGCCACAGGACGAAUGAACGAAAUUUUCCACCGGUGGAGUCCUUCGCUGUUUGUGGGGUGGCUCCAUCAGAGAGCCGAGAGAAUGUUUGGCCUUGCGUUCGGGAGGGUUGGAUCCCUAGUAUGGAGGUUGUUUUUUGAUUUUCUCUGUAGUAUCCUGAAGUACGAAGUUGCGCUCGACUGAUGGUGGUAGGAAUUUUCACCUUUCGGUAUCGCACAUUAGUCGAGUACAGUGAGUAGCUUGGUAUGCACGGGACGGUUCGUAGUUGCUGUUGCUUGCAGCACGUCACGCGAUUUUACCGGUACGGGUGUUUUCACGGCGACAGUCAAAUGGAACGUUAAAUUCGAUCACCAUCUUUGUUGUAAGCAGGGUUUAAUUUGUUGAGCCAUUUUCGUUUAGAAAAAGUGCUUUCUUUGGUAGAAAGAGCAGCGUGAAAAAACGAAUAUAGUCUUUGUGAUUAGCUAGUUGAAGCAAUAUGAAGUAAACGUGUAACGCAGGGAAAUUAUGUAAAACGUACGUGUGGAAUACAAGAAUUUGUUUUCAGCUCGCCCUUAUAACGACCGAAAGUAUGAAUUAUUUGAUAAAUUAAUUGUAUAAAAGAAGAAAAAAGUUAAACAAAAUUGUGUGAGUGUGUGGUGAUUGAAAUUAAUGCCCAAUGGAAUAUUGGCACGAAGCCCAGGCGUAAGGGUGAAGAAUUCAUCUGCCUGGAAAGGAGUGGAUUAUGUGUACAGUUCGAUGUUACACCGAACAAGCAUUAAUGCAAGGAAAUAGAGGAUACUGUGAUUCGCAAACGAUGAGGAAGAUCGGCAUUGAACCGUUUCACCAUUGGCUAGCGCUUUUGCGAAAACGGAGAUUUACCGACGGGAUUGGCAAACGCGGCCUAGGCACAUUCACCACCAUCGGACUUCAACUACUUCUGGUGUUGCAUGCUGUCGAAGCUCUUCAAAAUCCACGUAUUAUAGAGCAUCCAAUCGACACCACCGUGCCACGCCAUGAGCCUGCCACACUCAACUGUAAAGCGGAAGGGAUACCCCAGCCGACUAUUCAGUGGUACAAGGACGGCGCACCAUUGAAGAUACUCCAGGGAUCGCACCGGAUAGCACUACCAGCCGGUGGUUUGUUUUUUCUGAAGGUUGUAAAUUCGCGGAGAGAAAGCGACGCAGGGGUGUACUGGUGUGAGGCACGGAACGAGAACGGAAUUGCCAGAAGUAGGAACGCUACCCUACAAGUAGCAGUAUUGCGAGAAGAGUUUCGACUUGAGCCUCAGCAUACACGCGUAGCACAAGGGGAAACAGUGCUACUAGAAUGCGGCCCACCGAAAGGAAUUCCGGAGCCGACGUUGUGGUGGCGAAAAAAUGGUCAAAAACUAGAAGUUGAAGCUUCGAAACGCAUUCGUAUUGUCGAUGGAGGUAAUUUAGCAAUUCAGGAUGUACGCCAAACUGACGAAGGACAAUACCAAUGCAUUGCAAAAAAUUUGGUUGGCGUACGGGAAUCAGCAACGGCUUUCCUCAAAGUUCAUGUAAAACCAUUUCUGAUACGAGGACCGCAUGAUCAAACUGUCGUCGAAGGUACGUCUGUAACAUUUCAAUGUCGAGUAGGUGGGGAUCCGAUGCCAGAUGUACUAUGGCGUCGAUCGGCAUCAGGAGGCAACAUGCCAUUAAAUCGAGUGCAUAUCCUGGAGGACAGGAGUCUACGGUUGGAGGAUGUAGUUCUGGAUGAUGAGGGAGAGUAUAGCUGUGAGGCUGAUAAUGCUGUCGGAGCCAUCUCAGCCACUGGCACAUUGACCGUCCAUUCUCCUCCCCAUCUUUCGAUAAGACCAGUCCCACAGGUAGUAGAAGCACCGCACGAUGUUUCGUUCGAAUGUAAAUCAGAAGGCAGACCAAAGCCAACUACAUUUUGGUCCAUAGAAGGUAACAGAACACUGAUCUUUCCCGGCACGUCCAUCGAUCGAUUCGAGACUACAUACACACAGGAAAGUCUCACCGUCUUGACGCUUACUCAAACUACAAAAUCUGAUAACGGUCUUGUGAUCGUUUGUAGUGCCGUAAACAGUGUCGGAUCUGUCAGUGUUCGAGCCCGCUUGAUGGUAGCUUCACAGGAUGAUCGACCCCCUCCAAUCAUUAUUCUUGGUCCUACAAACCAAACUCUUCCCUCAAAGUCGACAGUAUCGAUGGCUUGCAAUGCGGUUGGUAAUCCUAAUCCGUUCAUUUCUUGGUACCUGGAUGGUAAUCCGGUCGUACCAUCGGAACGAAUUAAUAUAACGGAAAAUGGAACGCUCUUAUUACGAGAGCUUGAGAAAGGAACCGAUCAAGGGCUCUACACGUGCGUAGCCAGCAGCCGCAGUGGGAAAUCUACGUGGAGUGCGUUCCUGCGCGUUGAGUCACCCACGAAUCCGAAUGUUAACUUUUAUCGGGCACCUGAACCAUCCGAAUUCCCAAGUGCCCCGGGAAAGCCCCAAAUUGUUAACAUUAGCAACAGCUCCAUUACCAUCUCUUGGCUGCCCAGCAUCAAGUCCGGUGCUUCCGAUAUCAAUGGUUACCUGAUUGAAGUAUUUUCAAGUGAUAUGGCCAAAGGGUGGACCACAGUCCCGUUCAAGGUUUCGUCCACGAGCUACAGUUAUUCUCCGAUUUCUCCAAACGUCAGUUACAUUUUUAUCGUUCGAGCAGAAAAUGACCAGGGACUUGGUAUUCCGAGCCUCAUGUCCGAUCCGGUUUCCAUUGGAAGAGAAUUCAAUCAUGGAGAAGACAUCAAUCUCAGUGAAGCGCAAGCAACACUUUCGUCAGGGCAGGUGGUCAACCUCCUUGAAGCUAAUGCAACCGAUGCUACCAGUGUGCGACUGGCGUGGGAGAUUGUUAACGGGCAGUAUGUGGAAGGGUUCUAUAUUUACUCGCGCAAGGUAAACUCCAACGGAACGUAUCGCACUUUGACAGUUUUACAUGGUGGGGGUGCUUCUGCUUGUACGAUAAAUGGAUUAGAAAAGUUUACCGAGUAUGAGUUUUUCCUUGUACCAUUCUACAAAACAAUCCAAGGACGUCCCUCGAAUUCUAGAUCAACGUGCACUUUAGAGGAUGUUCCGACGGCAUCACCAGUAAAUCUGGAAGCAGUUCUACUGAAUACCUCAGCAGUUUACCUCAAGUGGGAACCGCCGAGUAACAGCACGAUAAAUGGAAAAUUGAAACACUAUCACAUCAUCAUCAGAGGUUACGACGUUCACAACAUAUCCAAAGUUCUUACCAAUAUGACUGUCGACGGAGAAGCACCAAAGUUACUGCUGGCUAAUCUGUCUGCUGGUGUAACGUAUUCUGUCAGUAUUGCAGCGUCGACAAAGGUCGGAAUUGGUCCAUACAGCAUUCCUUCGAUUUUAAGGCUAGACCCUCACACUAGGCGGCUUGAUCAUGGGUACACAAGAUAUCCAAUAAACCAUGACUACUCACACGAUAUACUCACGCAAACAUGGUUUAUAAUUCUGCUCGGUUCCAUCAUUGCCAUUAUCGUCUUUUUGUUCGGUGCCAUCAUUAUUUUCCGCAGGAUACAAUUUAUGAAACACAGCUCGUUGAACAAUAUGCACGGUAAUCACGCUAUCGGAACAGUCCGAAAGUUUCCUACUCUACCACUGAAUCCUAAUGGUGUGUGGAUCGACCCGGGAGGUGGAGUUUGGCGACAAGCGAGUGACAUUACUAAGGAAGUCAUCACCGACUAUGCUCAGGUUUCUGUCGCCCCAACACUUCCACUUCCAGAUUAUGAAAGACUGUCCCCGCUGAAUAUGCCUGACUACGCGGAAGUGGCCGGGUGUUCAUCAUUCAAAAACGAUCUGGGACAAUCGGACCCUUGCUAUGACAACUACGGGGCUUACGCUUCAACCACGCUGGUAGGCCGCUCGGUGCAACUGUACGCCCAAAACCAAUUCGAUGGCAAAAAUGUCUACUCAGCGCCCACCGUUGUUACGGCCGCGGCAGCGUCCGGUGGAUGUCACUACAAUAAUUUCAUAAAUCAACAACAUCAACAGCGCCACCAGCAGCAACUGCAAGCCCAGUACGGUCUCCAUGGACCCCAACAGAUGCAUGCUCAGAUACAGUCGCAACCGCAUCAGCAACAAAUCGGUGUGCACGAUAAAAGGGAGCGGGAUGCUAACGGACGCCCGAUCGGUGGUGGUGGUGGAGGUAGCAUAAAAAGCCAGAAAAUGAACAUCAUCGAAAAUCGGAUGGCCGACAUGUUGAACAAUUUGAAUCAAUGUUCAUCGUCGGGCCCUACGGCAAGCUAUAGCACCGGUGGUGGCAUGGGCUCGUCGUACGGUGGCUCAACGGUAAGUAAUCUCAACAGUGGAAGCCACUGUAGCCUACUUCCGGCGGGCCAACCGAUGGCAGCCUCGUCGACGCUGACAAUGGAUGUGAUGAACAGCAUGUCUGGUAGUGCGCCGGGUAGCGGUGGUGCAAUCGGUGGAGGUAGCAGCAGUGUACCCCAUACACCGCUUUUUGGCACGAUUAAACGAACGACCAAGUACAACAAAAUAGGCUACAAUAAGGAUAAUAAACUCAAUUUUGGCGAUAAUGGCCGAUCGGUCGAGCAGCCGUUGUUCGUCAAGUCCAAGUACGAUGGUACCUGGUCGUCCGUGCCGAGCUCGGUCACGAUGGCGUCAGCGGCCAGCAGCAACAUGAUUAAUAAUUCGCCAUAUCAACAGCAGCACCAGCAGCAACAGCAGCAACAGCAGCAACAGCAGCAACAGAAGCACCAGCAGCAGCAGCAGCAUCUUCCAGUUCCGCCCCUUUCGAGCACCAACAGUAUCCAUCAACAGCAGCAGCUUUUGACAACAGUAGGCCCACCACACCCACCUCCUCCACAGCUUCCACCAAUUCAACAAGCGCCUUCAGUAGUUCAUCACUUUCCUUCGGGUCACCACCACCACUCAACUUCCGUUUCGUUGUUUCAUGGUGGUAAAGAAUCAUCCCGAUCGCCAUCCCGCGUUUCGCCGACUACGCACGGUCUGCAAACAAAUAAUUUAGAUAACCAUCCACCGCAGGAGUGCAACAAUGGAACCAACACAAUCACUAAUGGUCAGGAAGCUUCUAUUGGUUUCUCUGGGAACGCAAAUCAUCCGUUGCAACAAACACAUCAAUUAACUGGAGACACCAAUGUAGAGAAUGUAUAAAUUUGAGUACUUCUGUUUGUAGUGCCAUAAAAUAGUGGAAUUUUCUUUGAUCCUAGCUGUCACCAUUUUAUACUCAGAGCAGUGAAAUUUCUUUUGUUAAAUUGAAACCUUAUACUGUGUCAUUUAUGUUUUACUAAAACACACAAAAAGGAGUAAAAUAACAUUCAAACUAGGUUGUUUGAAGUACAAAAUAUUUUCAAAAAUAUUACCAUAGAUUUAAUAGAUUGACGAUUAUUUCAGUAAUCAUCAUAUUCCAGUAAUAUAACCAAUUACCCACGAAUCCAUUCAAAUUGAAUUAAAAUUAAUAGAUUAUCAAAAUUAAGUAUUAAUUAUCACUAAAUCGAACUUAAUUUUUCAUAACUUACUACACAUAUAAAGUUGACCGAUAAGAUUUAUAACGUACUUUGGCGAAACUGAUAUAAAACUAGUAAUAUUAACAAUACAUAUUUACAAUUACAUUGCUCUGAGAUAGAGAAUUGGCAUUUUGGAGAUUGUAAUAACUUGUUUAGUUUAUUUAAUUUACAUUAUUGAAGAAGACUUUAAAUCCACAUAAAGCUUGUAAAUAUUGCAAAUAUAUCUAUCAUACUAUGUGCAAUCUGACCAAUGCUUGAGUAUUUUCGAUACAUACAUUCUUUUGGGUUUUUAAAAUGUUUGUAGUUUUGCAACCCACUGGAAGUAAAAUCAUGCCUCCUGAUAUAGUUUAAAUAGCCUGCUAAAACUGAAUAAAAUAGGACAUUUUCUUUUAGAAACUCAUGAAAGAACAUCGCAACUAUCAAACGAUAUAUUUUCCCUACCAGCUUUCAUAAAGAUAAACAGUCAGUUGUGGAUCGAUGGUAGCGAAAACAUUAAAAAGAAACAUAUCGAAACACACUUAUCCUGGCCAACGCAUUGGCAGUUUGUUCGUUUGGCAGCGCGAUGACCAAAUUAUUUAACUGGUGUACCUACCAUGUUUAGCUAGUGUACAUAGCUGCUGCUAAUGCAAUAGAUUAGAACUGGAUGAACUGUACUGAAAUUACAUAAAACGUUUUUUUAACCAUUUCAACAAAAAACAUAAAUCUUUUGUUUAAAUUUAAGGUUUAAAAAUGUAAUAGGAAUGAUUACAACGGUAAAGUAUCCGCAAUCAUUCAGCAACCAAAUAUUGUUUUCGACUAUUAGAUUUAUUUUCGUUGUAUUUUCUUUUCCAAAAUAUUGUAGCUCUCUUUAGGUUUACACAUUUGAUUUUAAGCAACGAAAAUGAAAUCAAAUAGGAACACGAAUUAUGUCCCAUCCUAAUUCCAUGACGAUGAGUAUAUACCCUAUAGCUAUCAAAAUGAAGCGAGUAAACAAAAUCAUUUGACUGAUUAUCGUAAUUGACAAAUGGGUCGUAGGUCAUGAGACACACAAAUAAUUAUCCUGCCGCUGCAACGCAUUGCUAUUAUUAUCUGAUAGUUGUAGGCAAAUUACUUCCACACGUGUUUUUGUUUUGUUUCAAUAUGGAGAAGAAGUGUAAACAUAGGCAAAAGGAAUGGAUUGAUCGAUGGCGGAUGAAAAGUACAUAUUAAGAGCCAGUCGAAAUCGUAAAGAAAAGAGAAAGAUGAAUAAAAGAAAAUGAUGAUAUUUUGAACGAA